GUUUUUUUUUUAAGGACCAUGUGAGGGUUGGCGCAAUCUUGUGACCUAAAAAAGACGGGUCCUCAUUUUUUUUCAAGGGGUCCUGCGCAGCAAGCACUUCCGGGGUCAGAGGGUACGCGGGGUUGAAAGCGGGCUUCCCGCCCCGCCCAGACCGCCGAGGCUGCCGCCGGAGUCGCCACCGCCGCGCCCUCGCCCACCCGCCCGCCCGCCGCUCCCGGCCCCGCUCGCCCCCUCCGCCGCCGCCGCCCGCCCCUGCGACUACGCUGCGGCCUCCCGCCCGCUCCCGCUCGCUCCCGCUCGCUCCCGCGGCCCUCGCUCGCCUUGCGCCGGCAGUUUUGGGCCUACACCUCCCCUCCCCCCGCCAGCCGCCAAAGACUUGACCACGUAACGAGCCCAACUGCCCCGAACGCCGCCCGCCGCUCGCCAUGGAUGCCGGUGUGACUGAAAGUGGACUAAAUGUGACUCUCACCAUUCGGCUUCUUAUGCACGGAAAGGAAGUAGGAAGCAUCAUUGGGAAGAAAGGGGAGUCGGUUAAGAGGAUCCGCGAGGAGAGUGGCGCGCGGAUCAACAUCUCGGAGGGGAAUUGUCCGGAGAGAAUCAUCACUCUGACCGGCCCCACCAAUGCCAUCUUUAAGGCUUUCGCUAUGAUCAUCGACAAGCUGGAGGAAGAUAUCAACAGCUCCAUGACCAACAGCACCGCGGCCAGCAGGCCCCCGGUCACCCUGAGGCUGGUGGUGCCGGCCACCCAGUGCGGCUCCCUGAUUGGGAAAGGCGGGUGUAAGAUCAAAGAGAUCCGCGAGAGUACGGGGGCGCAGGUCCAGGUGGCGGGGGAUAUGCUGCCCAACUCCACCGAGCGGGCCAUCACCAUCGCUGGCGUGCCGCAGUCUGUCACCGAGUGUGUCAAGCAGAUCUGCCUGGUCAUGCUGGAGACGCUCUCCCAGUCUCCGCAAGGGAGAGUCAUGACCAUUCCGUACCAGCCCAUGCCGGCCAGCUCCCCAGUCAUCUGCGCGGGCGGCCAAGAUCGGUGCAGCGACGCUGCGGGCUACCCCCAUGCCACCCAUGACCUGGAGGGACCACCUCUAGAUGCCUACUCGAUUCAAGGACAACACACCAUUUCUCCGCUCGAUCUGGCCAAGCUGAACCAGGUGGCAAGACAACAGUCUCACUUUGCCAUGAUGCACGGCGGGACCGGAUUCGCCGGAAUUGACUCCAGCUCUCCAGAGGUGAAAGGCUAUUGGGCAAGUUUGGAUGCAUCUACUCAAACCACCCAUGAACUCACCAUUCCAAAUAACUUAAUUGGCUGCAUAAUCGGGCGCCAAGGCGCCAACAUUAAUGAGAUCCGCCAGAUGUCCGGGGCCCAGAUCAAAAUUGCCAACCCAGUGGAAGGCUCCUCUGGUAGGCAGGUUACUAUCACUGGCUCUGCUGCCAGUAUUAGUCUGGCCCAGUAUCUAAUCAAUGCCAGGCUUUCCUCUGAGAAGGGCAUGGGGUGCAGCUAGAACAGUGUAGGUUCCCUCAGUAACCCCUUUCUGCUGUUUUCCCAUGAUCCAACUGUGUAAUUUCUGGUCAGUGAUUCCAGGUUUUAAAUAAUUUGUAAGUGUUCAGUUUCUACACAACUUUAUCAUCCGCUAAGAAUUUAAAAAUCACAUUCUUUGUUCAGCUGUUAAUGCUGGGAUCCAUAUUUAGUUUUAUAAGCUUUUCCCUGUUUUUAGUUUUGUUUUGGGUUUUUUGGCUCAUGAAUUUUAUUUCUGUUUGUCGAUAAGAAAUGUAAGAGUGGAAUGUUAAUAAAUUUCAGUUUAGUUCUGUAAUGUCAAGAAUUUAAGAAUUAAAAAAAGGAUUGGUUAAAAAA